CAACCAGUUCUUCAUUCUAAGUGAAUGUUCAAAAUGUUUUCGGUUGCAAAUUGAAACAAAAACAAAAACAGAAAAUGAAAGAUAAAAAAUCGCAUGAAAUCCGGCCGUGAAGUGCUCAAGCUAGCUGAUGAUCGGAGAAAAUUGGAAGUACUUAGACACAAGAUUUACACGAGAUAGGAGUUGGAUAUGUGGGUUCAUUCAUGGCUUCGUUAAGUGCUUUCAUCGACGUCUUAAAACGAGAAAUAUUCACAGCAUCGAAGAAGACACCGCUGAAGACCUUAGUGACGAUUCUAGUCAUUUUUGUCCUGGAAAAAGUGCUAACGGCGGCCAAUAUCUUUCAAUGUCCAAAAGAAGGCUAUCAUAUAUAUGGGGGGAUGUUUCUUUUCGUGCCAGCUUUCUGCUUGGUAGGUUUAACUUUGCUAACGAGUAACUCCUUUUGGGAUUCGGCAACAAGUGGCUUAAGAGGUGAAUCCAAAUACAAAAUCAUAUGGUCAAACGUUUGUCACAGUUUGGCGGGGGCUUUGUUGAUGGGUACUGCAUGGCUGGUGUUAGCCUUGGGGACUACAGAUUAUUAUGUGUGUUUUCGUGUUGGGGCGUCCAAAGCCGAUUGUCCGAGAGGCGAUGAAAUAAAAGCGCAGUCGACAAUAUUGGCAUUGGCAAUGCUAGUCGGUAUCAUUUGUCUUAGUUUGCUGUACCUGGCUUUGCAGAAAUGCUGUUUUCCCAACCACAAAAGAGAGUGCAGUAUACAUUCAUUACGCGACUACGAGAGACUCGAAACGGAAGCGGCGUUUUCGAAAUUCGACGAAGAAAUUAAACUGCUUGCAGAAAAGCAGGGAGAGAAACAGGUGAUGAAGAUUUUGGACGAAGCUCAGCAUGACAGCAAUGUACAAGACGUCGUAAGAAAAGCCAAAAGCAUGCUCUUGGAAAAAUAUGCCCGACUGACAAGGUGCGAGCAAAAUGAAAAUGACCCUGACGAAACGUGUUUACUUCGAACUGCGGAUGAAAGGGAAAAUAUCAUGCCAAUUUCGAAUGUGUAACCAAUCGGAUGGAAGCACCGAAUCAGCAGUCUUGUACCCAGGCACCUAAGCUUUUGUUGCGUAAACGCUUUGACAGCUAGACACGCGUGGAAAUUCUGCUACCUCGUGGUGAAACACGCAUGUUUCCAUUGCUCAUGAGAUAAACUUAACUCAGAAAUGCAGUUAUAGCGAAUUGUGAACAAUAAAACCUCUAAGUUCACAAACUUUGGCCUAACUGUAAAACGUUACCCUUCAGUUGUCCUUUUGUAGUUUUGUUACCCUUAAUAAAUAGUUGU